AUGAAUGCGCCGAGAAAGAAGCGCUCAGUGAACAACAAUGAAAUGGAGGCCAGUUUCUGCUCGUCAGUCCAUUCUCGACAACGCUCCAACGAUUCGGCGAGCCAGUCCAUCGAUGGGAUGACAAAAUCACAGAGAAAACGGUAGGGGGAUUUUUUUGGAAUUUUUGGAAUUUUUUUUGAUUUUUUUUUUGAUUUUUUACGAUUUUAAACGAAAUUUUUGGAGUCCGAUUUUUACGAAAUUUGGGGAAAAUGAACUUCAAAGCUUCUUGAUAAUUUUUCCUAAUUUUUACCCUGGGUUUUGCAGGAAUAAUCAAGAUUUUUUGGUGAAAAAUUAAAAAAAUUUUGUUUUUUUUUUAUUUUUUUUAUGAAAAUUUAUUUAUUUCUUCAGUCUGCGAGAUCAAAAAUACUAAAAAAAUCAAUUUUUUUUUCACCGAAAAAUCCCGAAAAAAUCAUCAAAAAUAUUUUUUUCUCUGACCGUCUCUCUUCAUUUUCCAUACUCUCUCGGCUCCAAAAAUCGUUGAAUAUCUCUUAACAAUCCUCAAAUCAAAGUCUAAAACUGUCAAAAAUCAAUAUCUACCCUGCAUAAAACACGCCCACAAAAUUUCAUAAAAAUUGCCUUAGGGUAUCUACUUUAAUUUUUUGAUUUUUUAAUCUACAGGGGAAGUACUCCAAGUGCGACGCUCAGAUUUUGAUGAAACUUGGCACAGAUUUAGGAUAAUUUUUUCUAAGAUAUAUGCGAGAAUCCUAGCUCGCGCUUUGCAGAAACAACCGAGAUUUUUAGAUCGAAAGUCGGCCAAAAUUAGGACUUUUUGCCGAAUUUCGGCACGAAAAGUUUCAAGCCUGUGUCAACCGUAAAGGAUAAUGUUUCUACAAAAAAUCAAAUUUUUCCGCCUGAAACUGCCAAAGUUAUGGCCAAAAAGCCUCUUUUCUCUCUGACCGCUCUCCACGUUUAGCGUGCUCUCUCGGCGGCAAAAAUCGUUCGAUAUCUCGGCGGCGCUUUCAAAUCAAAGCCUAAAAUUUUCAAAAAUGAAUACCUACCCCAUCUACAACAUGCCUACAAAAUUUCAUAAAAAUCGCCUUAGGGCAUCUAUUUCAAUUUUUUGAUUUUUAAAUUUAGUUAUCUAUCAAAAUACCGCUCUAAAUUUGUUUGUUUUUGCUCUCUAAAUUUCCGAAAUUUUCAACCUCCUCCACUCCCUCUAAAGCGGGUUGAAAACCGGCAAUAGGCGAAAUAAAUGUCUCCAGGGCAUUUGCGGCCCAUCCACUUAUCCGCUGAGGGGGUUCCGAACCUAACACCCUUUUUUCUUGAAACCAAAUUAACGAAAAUAAGAUUCUCAAUUCUCUCUCCGCGCUUUAUCCUUUCUCCUCGCCACCAUUGCGAAUGGCCUUGAGGCGCCGACCGAAUUGGUUUAUCGGCCCUGAUCUUCCUCCUCAUUUCUGCGUGUUUUUUGGCGUCGCAAGGCCGACCGGUCCAACGGACGGAGCUAGUUUUUGCGGAGCAUAGGCUUGGUUAUUGUUUUUUGAAUUGUUAUAGUACUGUAAUUUUUAGUGGGCCUUUUUGGACUUUCUUUGUGAAAAUGAAGAAAGGGUGGCUUCUUCGGCUUUUUUGGGGGACCUCUUGGGCUGAAAUGGCAACAGUCUGUCGGGAAAAUAAUGAGGGCAAAUUCGCUUUGCCGCUAACAGGGAAGUACUCCAAGUGCGACGCUCAGAUUUUCUUUAAAUUUUGCACACACGUCGGGUAUGGACUAAAUAUCAAUUCCUGAAAGUUUUAGCUCGCGCUUUGCGGGCGCCGCCGAGAUAUCGAACGAUUUUUGCCGCCGAGAUAGCACGCUAAGCGUGGAGAGCGGUCAGAGAGAAAAACGGUUUUUGGCCAUGACAUUGGCAGUUUCGUGCGGAAAAAUUUGAUUUUUUGUAGAAACAUUGUCCUUUACGGUUGAAAUAGGCAUGAAACUUUUCGUGCCAAAAUUCGGUAAAAAAUUCCUAAAUUUUCGCCGACUUUCGAUCUAAAAAUCUCGGUUAUUUCUGCAAAGCGCGAGCUAGGAUUCUGGCAUAUAUCUUAGAAAAAAUUAUUCUAAAUUUGUGCCAAGUUUUGGUGACAAAACUCGGACCCUCGGACUUACUUUGUGAAAAUGAAAAAAAGGGGCCUUUUCGACUUUUUUGCGGGCCUCUUGGGCUGCAACGUUUUACCACCCUUGCAGCAGUCUGUCGGGAAAAUAAUGAGGACCAUUUCGCUUUGCCGCCGCGUCAAUUACUCAAUGUUUUCCUGUAAUUGGGGUUAUCAGUCUGUCGGGAAAAUAAUGUGGAUUUGUCGCAGAAAAAAGUGUUUCCUCGUCGCAGUCGCAUAUCAAAUCUCGGGCCGUCGGAAAGUAACCGAUGAUUGCCCAGGAGUCCACAUUAUUUUCCCGACAGACUGAUACUAUCAUAAUUAUUGGUCUGUCGGGAAAAUAAUGAGCCCUGUUGCAUUUUGGGCUAUUCCAAGGCGCACCGAAGCCACAUUACUUUCCCGACAGAACUUUUUGACCAACCUAAAACUGUAGAAGGUCAAAUGUCGACUAAAUCUCCGGUAUAUGUCAAAAAAAGACGCUUUUAAAAGCAAAUUGAGCUAAUAAAAUAUCCUGUCUAGACGGGUUCACCAAAAGCAGCAAAACAAACGGGUAUUUGGUUGUUUUAUCCAGCACUUGCAGCAGCUAGCCGGCUUUUUUUCUUUUUUGUUCAUAAGCGUUGUGCUGAGAAAGUCAACGCUGCGAUUUCAUAUCAAAUUAUGCAACCAUGAUCUGUCUAGCCUAUGUAAUAAGUUUUUGAAAGUUUUCGCUCGUUUUUUGCAGUCGCAGCUGAGAUAUUCAGCGGUCGGCGAGAGAAUGUGCGAAAAGGGGAGAGCGGACAGAGAAAAAACCGCCUUUUGGGCAUAUCUUUGCCAGUUUUGUGAGGAAAAAAUUGAUUUUUUGUGGAAAUACUGCCAAUUGCAAUAGAAACAAGACUGAAAAAUUUCGUGGUGAAAUUUGCAAAAAAAUUUUUGGAGUUUUUAAAAAUUUUGGAUUAAAAAUCUCGGUUUUUUUCACUGAGAGACUUAUAUAUGUCUAAGAAAUGUUCUGAAAAAGUCAAAUCUAAAUUUAGAAUUUAAAAUUUUUUUUUCUAAAAUUUUGUUUUUUUUACUUAUUUUUUAAAAAAUCCCGUUUUUUAUCAAAAAAAAAAUAAAAAAAAUUCUAAUUUUUCCUUCAAGAAUAUCCCCCAAAUAUAAUAAUUAGCUCGUUGUGUGUGCCCAAUAAAAAGUUUUGAAACGUUCCCAAUUGCCUUUUACUUGCAGGAAGAGCUUAUCGCUCUUCCCUGAAAUUUCUGUUUUCCGUCCAUUUCCUCACCCCUUCUUUCGAUGUUUUAUGUAUGAAUUUCCGCACGAGUUUUGAUCGACAUCUGUCAUACGAUAAUUCGAGGUCACAAUUUCCGCGAUUUUAAGGGAGAAAGGGGAGAUUUUUUUACGAUUUUAGGCAAGGUGAGAAUUGGAUUUUUUUGGGUUUUUUUUUGAAAAAUUGCAUUCAAAUUUGGAUAAAAUUUGGCAAAAAUUAAAAGGAAUGUAUAUCAAGGCAUAUGAAAAAAAUUUAGCUUGCCUUUGCUUCAAAAUUUUUCGAAAUUUUUUUUAUCAAAAAUUGAAAAAUUAAAAAAAAUUUUUCUCGAUUUUUGGGCCAAAAAAUUCUGAAUUUAUUAGAAGUAACUAGUGUAAUAUUCCUCCAAAAAAUCAAUUUUUUCCGACGCAAAUUGACAGAGAUAUAGCCAAAACAAAAAUUCUCUCUGACCGACUCUCCUCAUUUUGCAUGCUCUCUCGUCAAAAAGACCGUUGAAUAUCUCGGCUCUCCGCGCAAAUUCUGAGCUAAAAUUUUCAACAAUUAAUAUGUAUACCAAAUACAGUAACUGGCAGAAAAUUUAAGUAAAUUCAAAAAAAAUUUUUUGAAUGGUCAAAAAAUUUUUCAAAAAAAAAUCUAAUUUUUCGAGUUUUGCUUUGUUGAUGUCGCCUAUUUUUGACUUUAUUAUGGAUAUAAAAGGCGAAGGGUGCUCGAAUUAGAUUAGCAUGCUAAUCAGAGCGAGAAAGAGGAAGGAUGCGCUAAAAAGUUCGUUUUUUCGCGUCUUUCUCCAUAAGAAUUUCGCUUUUCCUUCGAGAUUUUACUUGAAAAAGUGCUAAAUAUAACUUUCCGAUUUUCUCCAAAUUUUGCACACAAGUUGGGUAUAGUUCACAUAAGAAAUCCUAAAAAUUUUAGCUCGCAAUUUGAACGGGCAGCCGAGAUAUUCAACGAGCUUUGCGGACGAGAGAGCACGCGAAAUGCGGAGAGCGGUCAAAGAGGAAACACUUUUUUGGCCAUAUCUCUGCCAGUUUCGCAUGGAAAAAAUUGAUUUUUUGUGGAAACAUUACACUCUAUAGUAGAAACAAGCAUGUGAAUUUUCAUGCCAAAAUUGGCAAAAAAAAUUGUCGAAUUUUGGCCAAGUUUCGGGCGAAAAAUCUUGGUUGUUUCUGCAAAACGCGAGCUAGAAAUCUCACAUAUUUCUAAGAAAAAAUUUAUUUAAAUUUCUGAAAAUUUUUAUCAUAAUGCGAGCGUCAUAUUUUUGAUCACUUCUUCUAUGAAUUUACCCGCAAAAUCUCAGCUUUUUAACCAAAAAAAUAUAUUAUAUAAUAAUUUUAAUAAAUUUUUUUCCAGUUCAACCUCUCAGCACAGUGCAACUCCAACUUCUCUCCACGAUCUCCCCGCGACUCCCAGCUCCACCGGAACUGCCAGCGGACUCAGCCAUAAGGACUCUUUCAAUUCAGAGAGAUCUCAUCGGACCGGCGUGAAACGAUCCAAAACUUCGUGAGUUUUUUUUUGAAAUAUAAAAAAAAUUAUAGUUUUUGAAAAUUUAGAUAUUUUUUUUGUAAAAAUAAGGUUUAUUUUUUCUUUUAAAAAUAUGAAAUUCAAAAUGUAAAAAAUAAAAAAUGGAUAAUUCAAAAAAAAAAACGAUUCAAAAAAUAAAAGAAAAACAAAAAAAUUUUCAUUUUCUAUUUUUAAAAUACGCCUACUGGCACUGAUAAAACAAAGGUUAACUUCAAAAUUAUAGUUUUUGAAAAUUUAGAUAUUUUUUUGUAAAAUACGGAAAGCAUAAUUUUGCCAUUAUGAAAGCAAAAAAAAAAUAAGAAAAAAAAUAAUUAAAAAGACAGAUAAUCUCACUUCAAAAAAAAAAAAAAAAAAAAAAAAAAAAAAAAAAAGAAAAGAAAAAAGACAACAAUUUUUUAAUUCUCAUGUUUAAAAUACGUCUACUGGGACACUUUCUAUUAAAAAAAAAUCAGUCUGGCGAGUUUCUUGAAGCACCUUAAAGAUAUUUUUUUUUACAAUUUUUGUCUCGAAAAAAAUAUUUUAAAAACCGUAAAAAUAUUUAAAAAAAUAAAAAGAAGUUUUAAUAUAAGAUUUGUAAAAUACGUUUAGUACAGUGAUUCUUUUUAUUAUAAAUUGAAAAAAUAAUUUAUAAAACUUUGCCAUUUCAUUUUUUAAAAAUAAAAAAAAUAAAAUAAGAAAUCGAAAAAAUAAUAAGAUUUUUGCCAAAAUUUUUAACGAAACUUUUUUUAUAAAAAAAAUAUAAAACAUAAAAAAGAUAUUUUUUUUUUAUUUUUUUAUUUUUCAAUUUUUUUUUUUUUUUUUUUUUUGUAAAAUUAGCAUUUGUUUUGACUAUCCUCACACUUUCUAAUGUCAAACCAAUUUGCUCAAAAAAAAACUGGCCAAUUGUUUUUUGAAUCGCAAAUUUUCCGCCCAAACGCGCCUCUCAUCCCUUUGUGGGGCUCGAAAUUGGAAUUUUUAGUGGGUUUAAAUGUCGAAUUGUUGAGUGGAUCGAGUGCCGGAGGGGCACUCAGGCAGACUCGGCUUCAAUUUUUAUUCCAUUUCACACGUUACAACAUAAUUUUUUUUUAAAUAUUUUUGAUAUCAAAUUUUAUUUUACUGUGUAAAACUCCAUGAAAUUUUGGCAAUUUCAGAGUCUCCGACGUCAAACGCAAGAACACCUCGGUUCAUCCGCCAUCUUCGCAUCACGUCAAAGUGAGAUCACGUAAAAUUUCGACGCCAACUAUGUCGCAGAGUCUGAUUAUUGAGCCUUGUUCGAAUUGCGGACAAAAUGGACAAAACAAGGAGAAGUCGCUGAGGAAAAGCUUGGCCAAGAAGAGAAUGGUUCAGGUGAGAGCUGAUUUGUUUUGAAAAAAUGGCCCUAGUGGCCUCAGAGGCUACAGAUUCGGGAGCUGCUAUUAGCAUUUUCACAAAGUGCGUGGACAUUUUUUCGUUUUCGCACAGUGCAUCUUAAAUUUGUGUCGCCAACGCACUGUGGAAUUUUGGCUUUGCGCACGGUGCAAACCUCAAAAAAGCCGGUUGCACCGUGCACAUUUUUGAGCAAAACCGCAGCGGCGCAGUUGAGAAACGCUUACGUCGCAGCGAUAUUUCAAAUGCACAGUGCAAAACCAGAAAAAGGUGAGUGCACGGGUCUUGCUUUGCAGUGAUUUGAAGGUGGUACCUCUAAUCCUGGGUAUAAAGGCGGCUGGAGCAACCCAAUUCUGUCCCAACUGUACCGUGGAGCGUGCAGAGCACAAAAGGGCGAUGACGACGGACGCUGGGAGGAGGACUUACAGAGAUCCGCUGAUAAGUCUUCUGCAGGAAGAUGUAGUGGGGGACACACUCGCAAAUUUUUUGUGCACGGUGCGGCCCGCGACAAUGUGAUACUUUGUGAAAAUGCUAAGAGGCUCUUUUGGGCUGUCGCUUGCACCAUGGCUUUUUUUCGCAAUUCAAACGCAAAAAAUCAGUCCGGCGACUUUUUGAAAGUCUCAAUUUAUAGAUUCUGUAAUCGGGUGCUAUAGCUUACAAUUAGAGGAGAAGUCUCCCCAAGGGCGACGCAUUAAUUUUUUUUCCAAUUUUGCAUGCACUUCAGGCAUAGGCAUCGGUCAUAUAUCAAUUCCUGUAGAUUCCCCUGUAAAUAAAAGCGUACAAUAGAUGCAUAUAAUUAUAAUCUCUGCACAAGAAAAAGUGUCAGGAACAGAAAAUUUUAGACUUGUUGGGCGUCGUAUUUUUAGGCCGACGCAGACCGACGCACGUCAAACUGAGGAGUCCGGUGACCCGAAUAGACUCUUCGCUAUCGGUUUUCUACACUUCGUCUAUUUCGCCGAGAAAGAGAGAAAAAAAGACACGCAAAAACGUACUCUCUCGCCCCAAAAAUUCCCCAUUUCUCCCCUGACAAAACGUUUUUUCGCGUCUUUUUUUGGCAAAUUGCCAAUCCAUUCACCGGACUGUUUUAGCUUGUCUCAGUUUGACGUGCGACGUACCACGGAAACUCUCUAUAACAAAUAAAUUUAUUUCUUGCGCCCUUCAUAUUCAUUAUACAUAGUGUUCGCUAUCAUUCUGUCGAAAAAAUAAUGAGCAAUCUGUCGCAUCGAAAAUCGCAUUGCCGCCGAGAAAAUGAAUUUUGUCGCGGCAAAUCAAUGAAAAAUAUCAUCAAAUUAAAAAAAAAACAUUGUUUUAACUUUUUCUUCAUUUCAGGAGGCCUCCACCGACCCAGAAGAACGUAUGUGCCUUGCGAUUUCCGACGAAAACUCGGAUAUCAACGAAGAAGAGGACACGGCGAGCCGUCGCCGGAGUGUCAGCGUUGACGUGAACCACAGCAAAAGCGGGGAAUACGAGGACUUGUUGGGAGGGAAACGGCGACAAACGCAGUCGGUGCGGGUCUCCACGUUCCAGAAGAUGUGCAGCAAGUUCGCCAAGUGGAAGUUGGGCCAGAGAGAGGAGCCCAAAGAGACCGAUCUCUAG